AUCCAAUCUUGUUCAAUUGUCUGCCCGUUGACCGUUGCUGUUGAGAAUCAAACCGAUAAGUCCGGAGCCCCUGAGAUAAGGGAACGUGGGAAUUUUACCACUUGCAAUCGAGGGCAGUCGCUCGCUACUUGGUACUUCAGGUAUGACCAUCUCUCUUCUGCUCCACUGAAAGGACGAGAUUUUCCAAGAUGAGCGUUAAAGAAAACGAGGAUUCCGUUUCCAGGAAAUCCAUUGAAUCAGUAGAGAAGCAGGAGAAAAGUCCCGAGGUUUACGAUGGACCUCCUCUGAAGUAUCCAAAAUCUGUCUUUUUCAUCAUCACGAACGAGUUCUGCGAGCGAUUUUGCUACUAUGGCAUGCGAACUAUUCUGGCACUGUAUUUGACGGACUGGCUUUUAUACAGUGAAGACACUGCCACUGUCGUCUACCAUGCGUAUAUUGUUCUUUGCUAUUUCACUCCAAUUUUGGGCGCCAUCAUUGCAGACAGUUGGCUCGGCAGAUUCAAGACCAUCUUGAUUUUGUCUCUCGUUUACGCCGUGGGAAGUGUUUCAAUAUCUAUGUCAGCCAUUCCUGAUUUCAUUCCACCAGAGGCCUUUACAUACGUUGGUCUUGUCCUGAUCGGCCUGGGAACUGGAGGAAUAAAACCGUGCGUCUCUGCAUUUGGUGGCGACCAAUUUGUGGUGCCGGCGCAGGAAAAGCAGCUGCAAAAGUACUUCUCCGUUUUCUACCUGGCGAUCAACGGUGGAAGUCUCGUGUCCACUUUUAUCACCCCCAUUCUUAGGGAGGACGUCGAAUGCUUUGGCAGGGACGAUUGCUACUCCUUGGCGUUUGGUGUUCCUGCCAUUCUUAUGCUCGUUUCGAUCGUCAUAUUUGUGGCCGGAAAACCAUUAUACAAGUGCAAAGAACCAGAGGGAAACAUUGUGCUCCAAGUCUGCAAAUGCAUUGGACACGGAAUUGUUAUGAGAGUGAAAAACCGCAAGGAGAAAAAGGAGCAUUGGCUGGAUCAUGCCGCAGACAAAUAUGACCAGAAACUUAUUCAUGACGUCAAACUUGCCUUGAGGAUUUUGUUCAUGUUCUUGACUGUCCCUAUUUUCUGGGCUCUGUACGAUCAACAGGGCUCUCGUUGGACUUUCCAAGCUACCCGAAUGGAUGGCCAACUGGGCGAAAUUGUCAUCAAGCCUGACCAGAUGCAGGUCGUUAACCCCAUCAUGAUCGUUGUGCUGAUUCCUGUCUUUGAGGUGGCCGUUUAUCCUUUGUUCAAGAAACUCAACAUUUUGCAAAAGCCUUUGACCAAAAUGGGUGUUGGUGGAUGUCUGGCCGGUCUGGCUUUUGUGAUAUCCGCCCUGGUUGAGUUGGCCAUAAAACCUUCCGCGGCCAUUCUUCCUGUCAGUGGAGAGGCGCAGCUCAGGAUUUACAACACCAUCAAUUGUCCGAUCAUCAUUUCGGCGACGGGAGCCGUCACCAUUGAUGAAUUUGAAAUCAGUCCCCUCGCGUCCUGGGAAAGGUUGCACAUAGCCGCUCAGGAUGCUGGACAAACAUUCACCCUUGUCGCCCAACCUUCAGAUUCUUGCGAUUCCGGUAUUAAUCUGAGGAAUUUCAAUGUCGAAAUAAGAGGAAAUACCGCGCAAAAUUAUGUUUUGCAUAAUGGAAUUGGAGCUUCUACCCAAAUAUCAUUAACUGCCCGAUUUGAAGAUUCUCCUGAUAAGAAUCGCGAUGGCACUGGCAAAGUCAGAGUUGUUGUCAACCCAAUUGAUUCUGGAAACAAUGUCGUGCAGUUCCUGGGAGCCAGAGGAUAUACCUUUACGGUCGAUCAGAACACCCUGGAGUCUGAAAUUCAAAAUUUGGAAGCUGACGACUAUGAAGUUUUUCUGAAUUCGGAGAGAAUCGGCUCCACUCACUUGGUCAAGGGUGGCGGCGUCUACACAUUUUUGUUUGACGAAGAAACCCCCACGAUACUAAGCAGGCAAAUUGUCACGCCUGAAAACAACGUCAAUAUGAUGUGGCUCAUCCCCCAAUAUUUUAUCAUGACCACUGGAGAAAUUCUGUUCUCGGUCACUGGUCUCGAAUUUGCCUUCACUCAGGCUCCUUUGACUAUGAAAUCGGUUAUGGUUGCUGGAUGGUACAUUGCCGUAGCGGUUGGAAACUUAGUAGUGAUUUUUGUGGCCGAAGCAAAGAUCUUCGAAGAACAAAUGUAUGAAUAUUUGCUCUUUGCCGGAUUGAUGUUUGCCGGAAUGAUAAUUCUCUUCAUCCAAGCCUGGGGUUACAAAUAUGUGACGAUUGCAACUGAAGAAUCAGAGGACAAUUUAAAAAAAUUGGAAGAUAAGAGAUCGAGUAUUAGCAGCGAGCACAAACAUGAAUGACUGUCUCAAUCGUGAUAUGAUACACAAGUGGAAUGCCCUUUGUGCAUAUCUUAAGUGUUAUUCCAACUUUUCUUGAUCAAAUAAACCAAACUUCUAAUUAAUAGUAA